GGAUCCGUGCCGGCAUUAAUAAACAAUCGGUCGCGAAAUUCGCUAAUUGGUUUCAUCGUGCCGCCGGCCACUAUCACCGCGCGCGCGUCCUUGACGAUCGACGAGAAGUGCGAGGAUGGAUUCAGCAACAGAACCUAGAAGCCAUUUGAAGGUAGGCUGCAUUUAAAGUUCUCACGAAGUCAAAUAAUUUUAAAGACUUUUACGGUAAUUUAAUGUUAUAACCUAAAAUGCCAGAUUUGUGCUUUGCUAGUCCAUCUGUGAGUACAGAAUCUGUCGAAAAACACAAAAUAACAAUAGUUUCCAUACCAAUAAAGCCUGGGGAACCUUAUAUUACGUUAGUAUCUAAUAACACGAAUGAUGAUUUAUCAACAAACGGCUAUGAACAAUUUGAAAUCCGCCUAACACCACAGACUGGUCAUUUUAUUAGAGAUAUAAGUAGCAAUAUUAUUAAUUUAGACUAUACUCGUAUAAGAGCAUUAUCACUAAGAAACUGCAAGUUAAAAGAACUGCCAAAUGAUUUGCACCUUUUAAAUUUACUUGAGUUGGAUUUAAUGGAUAAUUCCUUAAAUAGUGUCCCUGAAUGUUUAUAUUUAGGUUUAAAAAACAUUCAGGUCCUUAAUUUAGCAGAUAAUCCUAUAAAAAACUUUCCUAUUGCACCAAAAUGCGUUGAGUCAUUGAAAAUAUUAAACUUAGAAAAUUGCAUGCUUAAUAAUUUGCCUAUAUGGAUAGAAGAAAUGAAAACGAAAAGUUUAGAGGAAUUAUAUUUCAGUAAAAACAAAGUAUCUUAUUUAAAACGCUCUGAUUUGCCGCAACUUAUCGUUAAGCUAAAAAAAAUAGUGUUUAACAACGUCGGGUUAAGACAACACAUGCUAGAUUUCUUCAAGAGUUUUCCUCUUCUGCAAUAUUUAGAUAUUAGUAAUUGUGAUUCAGAUCAAAAGAAUAUAAAUGCUUUCAAUGACAUAAAUGAACUUUUCAACAAUGCCUUAUGGUAUAGACACAUAAAAAUACUUAAAUUAAUCAAUUUACAUAUCGCUGAAUUAUCAAGCAAUGUCUGCAAGUUAAUUCAUUUAAAAGAAUUACAUUUAAAACACAAUUUACUACUUAACAUCCCCGCAAAUAUUUACAACUUACAAAACUUGAUGAUUUUGGGUAUUUCACACAACUGCAUAUAUUCACUGCCAGAUUUAAGCAGUUUACAAUCAUUAGAAGAAUUACACGCGUCUAAAAAUCAUUUAAGUACAAUCAACCUGACAAACAUGCCCAGAUUGAAAUACAUAGAUUUAUACGAUAAUGAAUUGGAAAAUAUUGAAAUCACAUCAUUGGAAAUUGAGUGUAUCGAUGUAGAGCAAAACUACAUCGAUGCAGAUGCACUGUUAAAUCAUCAAGUUGAUAAUUAUGAAGAGCGAAGGGAAAGUUUGCGAUCCCGAAGAGCUGUGGCGUUUGAAUGGCGUGCGAUCGGCAGGAAAUUGGGUGGUAUCGAGCUGGACUCACCCAUUGACGACGAUGGUUUGCUAUACCAAGAUGGUGAUGUGGGAAAUCUUCACGACGACGAUGUCGACGACAGUGAUUGUUAUAGCGAUGCAAGAUACAGCGAUAACGGUGACGAGGGACGCCUUCACCGCGACACGUAUAAAAUCGAAGACGAUGAUUGUAGCGAUUGGGGUGAAACCGGCCCACACGACUUGGUAACUUUAUCAGACUCUGAGUUUUUCCCCGAGGAUGCACCAAUAGUACCAUUAUGUACUAAAAAUAGUUUUAUUGAAUCUAUACAUCUGGAAGAUUUGUUCAUCGAUGCUGAUUGAAACAUUUCGAAGAAAAAUCAAUUAUAUUUUCAUUCGUUGAUUGAUAAAAGAAUUAAUUACCUGAA